CCAACCGUACACAGGACAUACAUACCACGUUCUCUUCGACUGUAAGCUACACACAUCUUCGAUCGCGUACGUACCUCAGUACGUGGUGUCGACGACGACCGCCGUCAUCAUCGGCGGCCAGUUGAGCUGGUUUAGUUCUUGGGGAAAUGGGCAACGUGGUGGAGGCGGCGGCCGCGAUCUCGCCGGAGCUCGGCGACGCGCUGGCCAAGGUGGCCGUGUUCGCGCUCGUGCAGGGGCUGGUCUACCUCAUCCUGCGCAAGUCCUCGGACGUCUUCUCCACGGCCAGCGCGGCGAGGUCCCUCAGCUUCCGGCCCAUGCGGAGCAUGAGCGUCCGGCGCGUGCUGGCGGCCUUCUCCGACGUCCCCGUCGGCGUUCCCGACGAUGCCGGCUCCUCCUUGCCGCCGCCGGCGCCGCAGACUGGUGAUGCUGACCGGAGGGCAGACUAGUUGAAGUGUUCUGGUUGUGUUCAGCUAAUAUAUGUAGCGAGUACUGCGUGCUUUCUUAGGUAUGGUUAUUACUAGGGAUUGUUCUUAGGAAAUGAUUGUACGACGAGCAUAAGAAAGUUUGUGCAUGUACAGUAGAUUGAACUGCGCAAUUUGUCAUUCGAUUACAUUUGAAACGAAAUCUGCUCCUCUUUCGC